AUGGCAGACUUUUGGAGCCAGCUGUGCCAUUUCCUUCCAAAGACCACUCCACAAACUGUCAAAGAGCGUGGCAAGUGGGGGAGUAAAAAGGAGUUUAUUCUGUCUGUGGCUGGGGCUAUUAUUGGUCUGGGAAAUGUGUGGAGAUUUCCAUAUCUGUGCUACAAGAAUGGUGGUGGUGCCUUCUUCAUUCCUUACAUCCUGUUCCUUGUGACCUGUGGCAUUCCUCUGUUCAUCCUGGAGACAGCACUGGGCCAGUAUACCAGUCAGGGGGGAAUCAUGUGCUGGAGGAAGAUCUGCCCCUUGUUUGAAGGCAUGGGAUACGCCAGUCAAAUGAUCAUCUUCUAUGGAUCUAUCAGCUACAUUGUCAUUUUAGCCUGGGCUUUUCUUUACUUUUUCUCCUCCUUCUCCAGCGAGUUGCCAUGGGCCACCUGCAAUAACACAUGGAAUACAGAUGCUUGUGCAGUACUAAAUCACUAUAAUGCCACUGCUAACCGGACCUUGCCUGUGAAUGUGACAUCGUCUGUUAUAGAGUUUUGGCAACGACGGGUCCUAAAGAUAUCCACCGGCAUAGAGACGUUAGGAAACAUACAGUGGGACCUUUCUUUGUGUCUUCUUCUGGCCUGGGUCAUCUGCUACUUCUGUGUCUGGAAGGGAGUGAAAUCCACCGGAAAAGCCACCUACAUCACAGCUACAUUCCCCUUCAUCAUGAUGGUGGUGCUGUUUCUAAGAGGAAUUACCCUUCCUGGAGCUUUCCAUGGUAUCACGUACUACCUCUAUCCCAAUCCUGCACGUUUGGCAGACCCACAGGUUUGGAUGGAUGCUGGAACUCAGAUAUUUUAUUCCUAUGCCAUAUGUUUGGGAUGUCUGACUACACUUGGGAGCUACAACAAGUACAACAACAACUGCUACAGAGACUCCUUCUAUCUUUGCCUGUUGAACAGCGGGACCAGCUUUAUCUCUGGCUUAGCCAUUUUCUCAAUUCUGGGCUACAUGUCACAACAGCAGGGUGUCGAUAUUUCUUCAGUUGCUGAGUCAGGGCCUGGACUUGUGUUCAUAGUUUACCCACAAGCUGUGACCCUUCUGCCGUGGCCUCAGGUCUGGUCCAUGUGCUUCUUUAGCAUGAUCAUCAUGUUAGGAAUAGACGGCCAGUUUGCUGGCCUUGAAAGUAUCAUGACUUCUAUAACAGAUAUCUACCCGUCUCAGAUUCGAAAAGGUUACUGCAGAGAGCUUCUUCUGAUGCUGAUCUGUACUCUUUGCUAUCUGUUCGGCUUGCUCUUGGUGUCAGAGGCUGGUGCAUACAUUCUGCAGAUUUUUGAUCACUAUGUAUGCAGUGGUCCCACUCUUCUUCUGAUGGCAAUCUUCCAGUCAGUGAUUAUUGGAUGGAUUUAUGGUGCUGAACGCUUCUAUGACAACAUUGAAGACAUGAUUGGGUACAAACCUCUAUUCCUGAUCAAGUACUGUUGGCUCUAUGUCACCCCUACUAUUUGCAGUGGAACACUUGUAUUUUUGCUCCUGAGAUACACCCCCCUGAAGUUCAACAACUCCUAUGUGUACCCUUCAUGGGCAUAUUGGAUUGGCUGGUUUUUGGCCAUGUCAUCUGUUACUCUGAUUCCAGUCACUAUGAUCUGCAAACUGGCUAAAGGAAAAGGGACACUCUGGCAGCGUCUCAAGACAAGCUCCCAACCUGCAGAUGACCUUUCAGUGGUGUCAAAGGAACUGGCAAGCAUCAGUGCUCCAAUGCAUGUCAUUGAUGAUUGA